UAGGCCUUUCUCUCGCUUCCGGGGUCGACAUUUCCGGUCUAGACAUUUCUGUGUAAACUCAGUUCCGUUUGGAGCGUUCGUUCUUCCGCCAUGGCGCAAGUGAGUAGUAAGUGUUUUUGCAGCGUACCACUGUGCUCUAAUUCCAAGCAAAAACAGCCUUAUUUGAGUUUCCACUCAUUUCCAGCUGAGGAGGAACUCAGAAAGAAGUGGGUGAUAGCCAUUAGAAGGAGUGAGGGGCCGAAUUUCAAAAUUCUUAGGAACAGCACGCAUGUGUGUAGCGCUCAUUUUGAGCCGCAGGACAUCUACGUUACACCAAAGGGCAAGACGUGGCUGAAGAAAGGUGCGAUACCGCGUCGUUUUAGCUGGACUCGGCCAGCCAGGCAGUCUGUGUACAGCAGAGUGAAUUCCCGUCUCGGAGAUUCUGCUCGUUUGGACGAGGAGGGCGCGAUAGGGGAGCAGGCUGUCGGUGUGCUGGAAGAAGAGGGAGACGGGAGCGCGGCUGUGCGGGACCACGACUACGUGACUCGGCCGACUCCCGGUGAGUAGCUAACUACCUAGCUAGCAAGCUAGUAACACUGCUCUAUAAAACAUUGUACUUUAAACAAGAUAAACUAAAGAAGUACAGUGUUAUCAGGAAAAAAACAUGCAUGUAAAGUCUGAUUCAGCUAGCAUGAUA